AAUCAUCAGUCACUUAGUUAGUGAGUCAAUUCAAUACCAUCAGUUCACCAUGUCUUGUCCCGAUUGCUUCAGCGGCGCUGUACACGAGGGAAUUCCUCGAGGCAAGGUCAUCAAGUUCCAUGACCUCAACACAUACAUCACCGAGCCUGCUGAUGGACGCGAGGUGAAGAACAUCAUCGUCAUCAUCCCCGACGCGUUUGGAUGGGAAUUCGUGAACAAUAGGAUUCUAGCAGACCACUACGCCGACAAGGGGCAUUACAGAGUCUACCUGCCAGACUUCAUGCUGGGCCACGCUUCUCCCCUUUGGAUGAUUGGCACCAUGAGGACUCUCAUGAACCCCGGAAAUGUCUUCAAGAAGCUGUACGCGGUUCCCAUAGCAAUAUACGGCAUCGCCCCCUUCCUUUUCUUCAACCGCCAAGCCCGGUCGUACCCCAUUGUCAAGAAGUUCUUCGCAGCCCUGCGCAAGAACGAGGGUGCCAACCUCUCCGUCGGCGCAGCUGGAUUUUGCUGGGGCGGCAAGCUCACGGUCUUGCUUGCAGCUGACGCAGACCUGGUCGACGGCAAGCCACUGAUCGACGCAGGUUUCACGGGCCAUCCAAGUAGGCUGGACAUCCCUGCUGAAAUUGAGGCGAUUAAAAAGCCCGUGUCGUUCGCCUGCGCCGAGAAUGACUCGCAGCUGCCGAAGGAGCAGGCCGACAAGAUCGCCGCCAUUGUCGAGGCUAAGGGUGAGGGCGAGAAGGGCGAGGUGGUAUGGUACGCGGGUUGCGGCCAUGGGUUCUGCGUGAGGGCGGACUCGGGGUUCGAGGACGUGGCUAAGCAGGCGGCCGAAGCCGAGGACCAGUGUAUCCGUUGGUUUGAUUCUCACUUUAUACAAUGAGGUUGUGGUAGGACUCCCAAACUAUGAUGACG